UGUCAGCGGCGGCAGCUGGGGGAGGCGGCGGCGGCGGCGGCGGGAUGGAGGGGCUCAUCCCGCUCGUCAACCGGCUGCAGGACGCCUUCGCGGCGCUGGGCCAGAACUGCCUGCUUGACCUGCCGCAGAUCGCGGUGGUGGGCGGGCAGAGCGCCGGCAAGAGCUCCGUGCUGGAGAACUGCGUCUCCAGGGAUUUUCUUCCACGAGGAUCUGGAAUUGUGACAAGACGACCAUUGGUCCUGCAACUCAUCACUGCCAAAACAGAGUAUGCUGAAUUUCUACACUGCAAAGGGAAGAAAUUUACUGAUUUUGAUGAAGUUCGUCAGGAAAUCGAAGCAGAAACAGAUAGAGUGACAGGAAUGAACAAAGGCAUUUCUUCAAUUCCUAUUAAUUUAAGAGUAUAUUCUCCACAUGUCUUAAGCCUGACCCUUAUUGAUUUGCCGGGAAUCACUAAAGUGCCAGUAGGGGAUCAGCCUCCAGAUAUUGAGCAACAGAUCAGAGACAUGAUAAUGCAGUUCAUAUCCCGGGAAAACUGUCUGAUCCUGGCUGUGACUCCAGCCAACACUGACCUGGCCAACUCGGAUGCCCUGAAGCUGGCGAAGGAAGUGGACCCUCAGGGCCUUAGGACCAUUGGUGUGAUCACUAAAUUGGAUCUGAUGGAUGAAGGAACAGAUGCGAGAGAAGUUCUGGAAAACAAACUGCUCCCUCUUCGUAGAGGCUAUAUUGGUGUUGUAAACAGAAGCCAGAAAGACAUUGAUGGGAAGAAGGACAUCAAAGCAGCUCUUCUGGCAGAAAGGAAAUUCUUUCUUUCCCACCCAUCCUACAGGCACAUGGCAGAUCGGAUGGGAACGCCCUACCUGCAGAAAGUCCUAAACCAGCAACUUACCAAUCAUAUUCGGGACACUCUGCCAGCCUUCAGAAGCAAACUCCAGAGCCAGCUGCUUUCUAUAGAACAUGAGGUAGAGGUUUACAAAAACUUCAGACCAGAAGAUCCAACCAGAAAAACAAAAGCCCUGUUGCAGAUGGUACAACAGUUUUCAGUGGACUUUGAAAAAAGAAUCGAAGGAUCAGGAGAUCAAGUGGAUACACUAGAACUUUCAGGAGGUGCCAAAAUCAACCGAAUUUUCCAUGAACGUUUUCCCUUUGAACUAGUGAAGAUGGAAUUCAAUGAGAAGGAACUGCGGAGGGAGAUAAGUUAUGCCAUCAAGAACAUCCAUGGUAUCAGAACAGGUUUGUUUACUCCAGAUAUGGCAUUUGAAGCCAUUGUUAAAAAACAGAUAGUUAAGCUGAAAGGACCUUGCUUGAAAAGUGUGGAUCUGGUGAUGCAAGAGUUAAUCAACACCGUCAAGAAGUGCACUAAAAAGUUGGCAACAUAUCCAAGGUUGUGUGAGGAAACAGAGAGGAUUGUUGCCGGCUACAUUCGGGAGAGAGAAGAGAAGACCAAGGAUCAGAUGCUGCUGCUGAUUGAUAUCCAGGUUUCUUAUAUCAACACCAACCACGAAGAUUUUAUAGGCUUUGCAAAUGCCCAACAGAGAAGCAGUCAGGUUAACAAAAGUGCAGUGGGAAAUCAGGGAACCAAUCUACCGCCUUCAAGGCAAAUUGUCAUUCGGAAAGGCUGGCUGACCAUCAACAACAUUGGCAUCAUGAAGGGAGGAUCCAAGGAGUACUGGUUCGUUCUGACCGCGGAGAGCUUGUCCUGGUAUAAAGAUGAUGAGGAGAAAGAGAAGAAAUAUAUGCUUCCUUUGGACAACUUGAAAGUGCGAGAUGUCGAGAAGAGCUUCAUGUCCAGCAAACACAUCUUUGCAUUGUUUAACACGGAGCAGAGGAAUGUUUACAAGGAUUACCGUUUCCUUGAGCUAGCCUGUGACUCCCAAGAGGAGGUGGAUAGCUGGAAGGCAUCUCUGCUACGAGCCGGUGUCUAUCCUGAUAAAUCCUCAGGGAGCAACAAAACUGAGAAUGAGGAGAAUGGCCAAGCAGACAAUUUUUCAAUGGACCCCCAGCUAGAGAGACAGGUGGAGACAAUUCGAAAUCUCGUGGACUCCUACAUGUCUAUUAUUAACAAAUGUAUCCGAGACUUGAUACCGAAAACAAUCAUGCAUCUUAUGAUCAAUAACGUAAAAGAAUUUAUCAACGCAGAGCUCCUGGCUCAUUUGUAUUCUUCUGAGGACCAAAACACUCUGAUGGAGGAGUCGGCUGAGCAGGCGCAGCGCCGGGACGAGACGCUCCGCAUGUACCAGGCACUGAAGGAAGCCCUGGCAAUCAUUGGGGACAUCAGCACUAGCACUGUCUCAACCCCUGCUCCCCCUCCUGUGGAUGACUCGUGGCUUCAGCAGGCCCGCAGAUCACCUCCUCCAAGUCCUUCAACUCCAAGGAGACCUACACUAAACAAUCCCCCAACCAGACCUUUAUCUGGCCGAGGACCCGCUCCUGCAAUCCCAUCUCCAGGCCCUCAGUCGGGGGCUCCCCCGGUGCCGUUCCGCCCAGGACCGCUGCCUCCAUUCCCAAGUGCUGGAGAAGCCCAUGGAGGACCCCCCCAGGUUCCCUCUCGGCCCACGCGGGCUCCUCCCAGUGUGCCAAGUCGAAGACCACCCCCUUCACCUACUCGGCCCACUGUCAUUCGUCCGUUAGACUCAUCCCUGUUAGACUAAAAGGAGUUUCUGGCAUGUCAUUCGUUGUUAACCAAAUAUGUGGAACAAAUUGCUUGGUAACUGUCGCAAUAACCAAUGUAUAGUCGCAUGUAUGGACAUCUGUAGGCAAGUAACCAAUUUUACUGAUAUACUCUCUGUCCAUUCUGCAUUGUUUAUGAGGUCUUAAAUGUUUUGGGAAGGUCUGUGCUGCCUUGACUUUUCCUUUUGCAAUAACUGGUGUUAGCUAACUUACUGACACAUAUCUUCACCCAGGCAACUGUGCUCACUGUCCUCUACAGCAAAUGGAGGGCUUGACUUUGUGUGUGUUUGUGCAUGUGUUGAUUUGAUCUGCUGCUUUUUUUCCUCUUACCUGAAAGGAAUAUUGCUUCUAUUGGUACCCUCCAAGUUGUCUAUCGUUUAGAAUUACAGAGUUAUGCCAGUUUUCUCUUGUAAUGGAUAAACUGGGCAAAGAAAAGCCAUGUGAUUUCUUACCAAGCUCUUCUGAAGGCCCCACACCUCCAUGUCUCUCUUGGCUUCUGCUCUAAAUUCUCCUUAUCCAAAGUCUGGUUCUAAGGGAUGUUGUUAAACAAGAAGGGGGUGUGUGGGACAGCACAUUUCACUUUAUAUCCACACUGGCAGCUGAUGUGCCGGGUUGGUUGGUUUGGUAAGGACCAGGCUGCUGCCCCAGCUCACAGGGCUUGGUGUGGAGCUGCCUCACCCUGCAGCAAGGGUGGCAAAGGGCAGUUUGAAGAGCCAGUACGUGACAGAGCAGCGUGUCCGAGCUCGCUUUGUCCUCUGCUAGUGCUUGCUCACACUUGCACUCCCACCCAAGGGAAGCCCUGGGCCAGUGUGAGUGUGUAUAAAUGUGCUGUGUGGCAGAAUCCUGGGAACUGAGCACUGCUUUGGGUCAUUUUGUGGAACAGAAGGGGAUAUUGAUACAGAUAGAGAGAUAUAGGCACAGCUGGACAGGGGCUACCGCUCCUCUGCCCACUGCGUGAGCUGAUUCCCAGAGCUCCAGCCUAGACUGGCAGCUGAGCUUCCCAAGGGUUUGGGUUGGAUUUGAGACAUUUGCCAUAUUGUCUCAUGCCAGUUGAUAAAGGUCCCCUGUAUGAAGAUUCUUCAUUUUGGAUCACUUGGCCCUGCACACUUUAUCCAUCCAGGUUCUUGGAAGUGCUCAGCUGUGCAUCCUAGCAAUGGAUUAUUUUAGCAGCUGCUCGCUUGCAGAGGUCCUCUCUGCCUCUUGUUUUGCACAUUAUAUAUUAAUGUGUUAUAAAAACCUCUUGUCUUAACUGCAUUACUUCACUUUAAAUACUGAAGGGUCGGUGUCACCCUUAAAACUUGAAAUUUACUGAGUUAAGAGAACUAAACUAGAGAGGAAUUUGGCCUUGUUCCUUCAGAAAAUGGGAAUUGCUGCUAUUGCAAUUAUGGUUUCAGAUCCCUAGGCAAAGCAAUUGGUGGUUUCAAAGGCCCUCAGUAUAAUCAGUCUAAUAAAUGUAUUUAUUGAGACUGCAUGUAGGGCUCCAGUAUGCUGUAGCCCUUUGGUUAGGAAGAAUCCAAUCAAAGAGCCACAACAAAUGGGGAUUUAGCCUAUUAAGUAUUCCCAGGCUGCUGAUUAGCUGUGCUCACCACUGCAGCAAAUUGUGCUUCAGCUUGCAUAAGAGAGAUGAGCUUGGGAAAGCAUCGUGAUUUGUAUGUCAGCUUAACUUUAAUUUCCUGUCAAGCUCAUACUUGUGAGACAUGCCUGGGGAGUGUAGAGGUCACAUCUGAUGCACAGUGAAAAUGGAGUUCGUCAGAGCACCAGCAUCUUGGUGAUCUCAGAAAACUCCUUAAGUGGCUGGUGUUUGUUUGGGGAACAGGCCCAGAUCUCCAACACCAAGUGCACAGAAUCAGCUUUCAAGGAA